UACAGGCGGACGGACACGGACUUAGUUCUAUUUGUUUUUAUUCGGCGAGACCUGUUCGUUUUUUGUGCCGAUUAUUGGAAGUUUUAUUGAAGGCUCGUGUCACGACCCCCAGCCAUGCCCACGGUGGUCCUCAUGGACGUGUCCCUGUCCAUGACGCGGCCGGUGCAGCUCGACGGCACCGAGGAGUUCCAGAGAAAGAACCUGGCCGUGCACGGACUCACCAUGCUCUUCGAGCACAUGGCCACCAACUACCGCCUCGAGUUCACGGCCCUGGUGGCCUUUUCCUCCCUCUGGGAGCUCAUGGUGCCCUUCACACGGGACUACAACACUCUGCAGGAGGCCUUGAACAACUUGGAGGACUAUGAUAAGACGUGCUUGGAACCGGCCCUGCAGGGAGUCAGCAAUAUAGUGCAGCAGGAGUGGGGCAGCACCUGCCCCUGCCAGGUAGUGCUGGUGACAGACGGGUCUCUUGGGAUCGGGAGGGGUUCCCUCCGCCACUCUUUGUCCACCAUAAAGCACAGAAGUGAAGAUAAGAAGUUUCCUCUGCCCUUUCCCUUCCCAGCGAAGCUCUACAUAAUGUGCAUUGCUAAUGCAGAAGAGCUCCAGAACAGUGACACCUUGGAUAACCUGGAACAGUUGCUCAGUUUGAAUGGAGGAGAGGGUCAGAUCUUCACUGUGGAGGGACCACUGUGCUUGAAGAAUGUGCAGUCCUUGUUUGGGAAACUAAUAGACCAGGCAUACACACCCUUCCAUGCUGUACUACGUUGUGGAAACCUGUCCUCAGAUGUGCAGGUCUUCCCUCGGCCUGAGCCAGUCAUCAUGGAUGAGGAGGUGGAUCCUGCACCCCGGACCAUUCUGACAGAUUUGGAGAUAGUAGGUUUCAUUGAAAUUGGCGAUAUUUCUAGCCCCCCUGUCCUGUCACGACAUUUGGUCCUGCCCAUUGCUGUGAAUAAAGAUGUAGAUGAGAUGGGCACAGGGACCACCGACGAAACUGAAGAGGAAAACUCUGCCAAUCAGAUGGCAGGAAAGAGUCCCAAUUUCUGCGUUUUGCUGCAUGGAAGCCUCAAAGUGGAGGGCAUGGUGGCACUCGUGCAGCUGGGCCCUGAAUGGUAUGGGAUGCUGUACUCCCAGGCAGACAGCAAGAAGAAAUCCAAUCUGAUGAUGUCAUUGUUUGAACCUGGUCCAGAGCCUCUGCCCUGGCUUGGGAAGGUCUCCCAACUGGGGCCUACAUCAGAUGCCAAGGAAAAUCCUUAUGGAGAAGAUGACAGCAAAAGCCCUUUCCCUUUACAGCCCAAGAGCAAGCGCAGUUACGCACAGAAUGUCACCGUGUGGAUUAAACCAAGCGGGCUACAGACUGAUGUGCAGAAAAUAUUAAGAAAUGCCAGGAAAUUACCUGAGAAGACACAAACCUUCUACAAGGAGCUGAACCGCCUGCGAAAAGCAGCACUGGCUUUUGGUUUCUGGGAUCUGCUCAAAGGUGUUGCAGACCUACUUGAGCGCGAGUGCACCCUGCUGCCAGACACAGCACAUCCUGAUGCAGCCUUCCAGCUGUCACAUGCCGCCCAGCAACUGAAGCUAGCCAGCACUGGAGACUCACAGUAUGCUGCUUUUGACCACAACAUUACCCCUAUGCUCACUGACUUCUCUGGAAGCGGCAGCAGUGACAGGGACCGGAUGUGACACGAAAAUAAUCAAGAGUGGAGUAUGGGAGUCUCGUAUGGCUAUUGCAUCCAAAACAAUCUAGGGAACAGCACUGUGACAGGUUGUGCGCUGCGUAAGACAUGGAAUGUGGCCAGGGUAAGAGGACCAUGCUUAACAGAAAACAGGAGACAAGGGGAGCUUCAUCCAGUGUGAAGACAAGCCUGUUCUUGUUCUGUGAUGUGUGGACAUUCCUUUUAGAAGUCCAAAGGUCUAAGCUUUCUGAACAUAAGGAUUUUUGUAACACUCACAAUUUUGUAAAUUUUUCUACAGUAAUUCAAAGUACAAAAAUUUGUUUUAUUUGUGCAUUGUUCAGAGGUGUAUGUAAUUUGUGUUCAGUUUAGCCUUAGAUGGUUUUUGCCC